AUCUCUUAUCCACUUUAUACCAUUGCAGCCAUUUUCCAUGGCUGUGCAAUGCUCUUCUUCUUCUGUAAUAUUUGCCUCACAUUCACCGGCAAAAACCUUCUCUUCCUCUCCCAAUAAGACCCUUUUCUUGGGUUUCUCCAUCUCUUCAAAGCCCUCCAUUGUUGUUGCUAAGACCCAUCGAGCUACUCAAAUUUGUUGUCAAGAAAAGACAGCACUUGUUCCUCUGGAACAAAGAUGGAUGUUUGAAGACUCUGAAAUUAAUGGUCCUGACAUUUGGAAUGAAACAUGGUAUCCCAAGGGUGUAGACCAUGUGAACACAGACAAACCUUGGUACAUUGUUGAUGCCACCGAUAAAAUUCUUGGAAGAUUGGCAUCAACUAUAGCAAUACAUAUCAGAGGGAAAAAUCUGGCAACAUACACUCCAAGUGUGGAUAUGGGUGCAUUUGUAAUAGUGGUUAAUGCUGAAAAGGUUGCUGUAUCUGGGAAGAAGAGAAACCAAAAGCUUUACAGGAGGCACUCAGGAAGACCUGGUGGGAUGACAGUAGAGACUUUUGAUCAACUUCAACAGAGAAUUCCAGAAAGAAUCCUUGAGCAUGCUGUCCGUGGCAUGCUCCCUAAAGGGAGGCUUGGUAGACAAUUGUUUAACCAUCUUAAGGUGUAUGAGGGUCCAGAUCAUCCUCAUGACGCGCAGAAGCCAAUCGAGUUGCCUAUACGAGACAAGAGAAUACAGAAGCAACGGUGAACUCCAGUUUCCGUGAAAUGCCAUUGAGAGAUCAGCCUACAGCUUCUCAUUUCCCAUUUCCAGCUGUUUUUUGUUGUCCAGUACAAAUCUAUUUGAUUCCGGAGCUCUUGUUUGUGUAGGUUUGUUAAGCAAAUGAGCAUUCAUCUUCUGGUUUCAGUUUUGUAUGCGAAAUUCACAAUUGUUUGACCUCCGUUUAUAGUUUGGCCUAACUAUGCCCUUACUGUUACUUCUUUUAUUUUG